GUACGAGAUGGAGCAUAUUUUAUAUUUUACUGCAGGCAAUUACCUCAAAAUUUAUUUACAUAUCAUUUAGCAUUCUUGCAGGUUGUCCAGGAGGUGUUUGCCCGCCAAAUAAUGUUUGUGCAGCAGGUCGAUGCAUACGUGACCCACUGGAGAAAACCAUUCAAAUCAUGUUAUUAUGUUAAUCAUGGAUCGUAUAAUUACCAUGGUGCUAAUAUUGAAUGCACCGCUCAUAAUGCACACGUCGCGUCCAUACAUUCACAAGCAGAAAUGGAUUUCGUAAAUAAUCUCGUUGGUGGUAGAACAUUCUGGAUUGGACUUCGUAAAAAUGGUUUUGGCUUUAAAUGGGACGAUGGAACGGCAGUAAAUUACACGAAUUAUCGAGGCAGAGAGCCAGAUAAUUGUUGUCCUAUUGGAGGCGCAUUUUGUACACUCGUCAAUUAUAUUGGCUCAUUUGGCCAAUGGGAUGAUGCUGGCUGCGAUAGAGCUUGGCGUGUUCAAACGAGUAUUGUUUGUAAAAAACCAUUGGUUUAA